AUGGCAACAUCUCAGGCGAUCAGCGCUGGAUUAGACGGCAGUCUACCUCAAGCGGCUGCUUCGGCUGCGGGGGAUGAGGAGUAUUGGCCUCGACUCGGAGCUAAGCCUAAGGCCACGAAGGUGUACUGCUCCACGCCGAGCCAGGCCGAGCCAUGGUCCGUUGCAGGUGGACGCUCGCGGGAUGGUAGGCGCUCCGCCCGCCACCCGACAACUAGGAAGAUCUGUAUAAGCAACAGAUUCUCCGUACUGGAAGAGCUGGAUGAUGCCAAUCCAACAACACCCAUCAGAGUGAGCUCUCCAGCCAUCAACUUCACCCCUGCUCCAUCCAAAAACUCCACCGGGCAGCGAGCCACACCUGACCUUCAGAACUGUGGUUUAGCUCCGAGGGACAUCCCCACCUCCAGAAGACCAUCCGGCCAAGCUCCCUCCCAGACCCACACCCUGAGCGAUCAGCCUGAACCCCCACAAGAAACUGCCGAUCAAACACCACUGAUCACCGAGCCGCGACCGCAUCGUUUACCCCCGCGACAGGCCCGCAGGCCUAAACAAACCACCCUCAUAGUUGGCGACUCGAUUGUCAGGAACAUUCAGCAUCGCUCAGCUGCUGUCCACUCAGUCUCUGGUGCAAAGGUCUCUGACAUUACGCUGCAGCUUCCCAGUCUUUUAAGAAAACACCAUUCAGUGGAGAGGAUAAUAAUCCACGUGGGAUGUAACGACAUCAGAAACCAGAGCACAGAACUGUUAAAAAAGGACUUCACGUGCCUGCUGUCCUCCAUACAAGACUGUGAUGUGCACAAGGUGCAGCUCCACUGCACAGAGAACAACCAAAAGCACCGCACUGAUGACAUUGCUGUGAACAGGCUGAUAGUGCGGAGGGGGCAGCCCUUCCAGCUGACCUUCCAUGCAGAACAAGCCUUCCGACCAAAGCAGGACUUCUUCCAACUUGUUGUGCAGACAGGUCCAAAUGCAUCUGAAGCGAAGGGCACAAAGUCAACAUUUGGCCUUCAGGCCGGCUGCGGCUUUGGCAAGCCAUGGAGCAUGGAGCUGAGCGGGAGUACAGACAAAACCUUUACAAUGACUGUCUACUCUCCAGCUAAUGCCAGCAUUGGACUCUACAAGCUUUCCAUGUUGACUGGAUCUACCACCAGCACAGAAACCUCAAUAGGAACACUGAUUGUUCUGUUCAAUCCCUGGUGUGAAGAUGACUGGGUGUACCUGCCUAAGGAGGAGGAAAGACAAGAGUAUGUAAUGAAUGAACAAGGACUGAUUUACAGUGGAAACUGCAAAUUUAUUGAAUCUAUGUCCUGGGACUUUGGACAGUUUGAAGAUGAUAUAAUUGACAUUUGCCUGAAGCUCCUGGAUGUGAACCCGAAAUGUUUAAUUAAUGCGAAGGAAGAUUGUUCUGCACGCUGCAGUCCCGUCUACGUUGGCCGGGUGGUGAGUGCCAUGAUAAAUAAGGAUGAUGCUGAUGACGGUGUGAUAAUGGGAAGAUGGGACGGCUUAUACAGAGAUGGAGUCAACCCAGGGUUCUGGAGCAGCAGCGUGGACAUCUUAAGGAAAUGGUUUAAAAACGCAUGCCGUCCAGUCAAAUAUGGACAGUGCUGGGUGUUUGCUGCUGUUAUGUGUACAGUGAUGAGAUGUUUAGGCAUUCCAUGCCGUGUCGUCACCAACUUUGAGUCAGCUCAUGACACUAAUGAAAACCUCCUUGUUGAUGUGUACAUGAAUGACAAUGGACUAUUCAGGAAUAAGGAGGAUGGGAAAGACAGUAUAUGGAACUUCCAUGUCUGGGUGGAGGCUUGGAUGAAGCGCCCUGAUAUCUCUGACGGAGGCAUCUAUGAUGGCUGGCAGGUGCUGGACCCAACUCCACAGGAGAUGAGUGAAGGUGUGUUCUGCUGCGGUCCAGCUCCAGUGAAGGCCAUCCUGGAGGGUGAGACCAAGACCAAUGUGAAGUACGACGUACCUUUCGUGUAUGCAGAGGUCAAUGCAGACAUAGUGAGAUGGAUGUUUAGGCCCGAUGGCUCCAAGAUAAAGUACAGCACAGAUAGGACCUCUGUUGGACAGUUCAUCAGCACAAAGGCUGUGGGAAGUGACAAGAGACUGGAUAUCACCAAUCAAUACAAAUACCCAGAAGGCUCCAGGGCAGAGAGAGAUCGAUUCAGUCGUGCCAUGAGAAAUAUGUUCAUUUCUGAUGACAUUGAAGAUGUUCCAGCAUUUCAGGCCGUGCUGAUGAUGAUUCAGGAGGUGGUUCAGCCAGUAAGUGGUUCAGACAUCAAGCUGAGACUGUCUGUGCGCAAUAAUCGCUCCACACCUCAGGCUCUCAGUCUCCAGAUCAAUGCGCAGGCCAUGAGAUACACUGGCAUCCCCACAGAGCACGUCUACAAGGAACAGAAUGAGCUGCAACUCCAACCUUAUGGAGAGCUAUCCCUCCACAUCAACAUCCCUUUUGCAAAUUACGGACCAAAAAUGCUGUUCAACAACAGCAUUAAAGUCUUGGCAAUUGCCAGGAAUAUACGUGACUCCAAAGAGAUCUACAUAGCUGAGAAAGAUAUCGUCCCACAGAGACCAGCUCUUACUCUGACGGUGGGUGGAACAGCUGUUCAGUAUAGAGAGAUCACGGCAGAGGUGGUGUUUGAGAAUCCUCUGCUUGAAACUUUAAAAAAUUGCUCCAUCACACUGAUUGGGAGCGGUUUGCUGCAGCAGCCAGAGAUAUUUCGGGCUGCUCUGAUUGGCCCAAAAGAAAGGAUGAAGAUCUCAGUGCCGUUCCGGCCCUGUCGCGCUGGCCUUAAGAAGCUUGUUGCUGACUUCCAGUGCUCAGCCUUCGCCAAAAUCAACGCCAGCUGCAACAUUGAUGUCAAACCUGCCUGA